GCUUGAGUUUUGUAACUUUUUAUUGGAUUUAGAUGGGGUUUGAUCUUUUUUUUGUUACUGCAGUAAAUGUCUUUCGUUGGUGUUAUUGUUUCUGAUCAAUGGCUACAAAGUCAAUUCACUCAAGUGGAGCUUCGUAGCCUCAAAUCCAAAUUUAUUUCAGUUAAGAAUCAGAAUGGAAAAGUUACAAUUGGGGACUUACCGCCUAUGAUGGCGAAAUUAAAGGCUUUCAAAGAGAUGUUUAAUGAGGAAGAGAUCCGGAAUAUCUUGGGUGAAUCAGGUUCCGAUGCCAAUGAUGAGAUUGAUUUCGAAAGCUUCCUUAGAACAUACUUGAAUCUGCAAGCUCGAGCUGCCCCAAAAGUAGGCAGUUCUAAAGAUUCGUCGUCUUCCUUCCUGAAGAACUCCACAACUACACUUCUUCACACGAUAAGUGAAUCAGAGAAAGCAUCGUAUGUUGCUCAUAUAAACAGCUAUCUAAGAGAUGAUCCGUUCUUAAAGCAAUUUCUUCCAAUAGAUCCAGCUUCGAAUGCUUUGUUUGAUUUGGCAAAAGAUGGAGUUCUUUUAUGUAAGCUGAUCAAUGUAGCUGUACCUGGCACAAUAGAUGAGCGUGCUAUUAACAUGAAACGAGUGAUAAACCCAUGGGAGAGAAAUGAGAAUCACACCCUUUGCCUCAAUUCUGCAAAGGCGAUUGGCUGUACUGUUGUAAAUAUUGGCACUCAGGACCUGGUUGAAGGACGACCUCACCUAGUACUUGGGCUGAUUUCUCAAAUCAUAAAGAUCCAACUAUUGGCAGAUCUCAACCUCCGGAAGACCCCUCAGCUUGUGGAACUUGUGGAAGACAGCAAUGAUGUCGAGGAGCUCAUGGGAUUAGCACCAGAAAAGCUCUUACUAAAAUGGAUGAAUUUUCAUCUCAAGAAAGCUGGCUACCAGAAAACUGUAGCAAAUUUUUCUUCUGACUUGAAGGAUGGGGAGGCCUAUGCUUACCUGCUUAAUGUUCUUGCACCAGAGCACUGCAGCCCAGCAACGUUGGAUGUCAAGGAUCCCACUGAGAGAGCUAACUUAGUUCUUGAACAUGCAGAGAAAAUGGAUUGCAAAAGAUACCUAGAUCCGAAGGACAUAGUUGAAGGCUCAUCCAAUUUGAAUCUUGCUUUUGUUGCACAGAUAUUCCAUCAGAGGAGUGGAUUGUCUACUGACAGCAAGAAGGUAUCCUUUGCAGAGAUGAUGACAGAUGACGAGCUAAUUUCCAGAGAGGAGAGAUGCUUCCGAUUAUGGAUUAAUAGUCUCGGGAUAAACUCUUAUGUCAAUAAUUUGUUUGAAGAUGUAAGAAAUGGAUGGGUACUUUUGGAGGUGUUGGACAAAGUUUCUCCAGGAUCCGUUAAUUGGAAGCACGCGACAAAACCUCCAAUAAAAAUGCCAUUUAGGAAAGUUGAAAACUGCAACCAAGUUGUCAGGAUUGGGAAGCAGUUGAAACUUUCCCUUGUAAAUGUGGGAGGAAACGAUUUUGUCCAAGGGAAUAAGAAGCUUAUACUUGCUUUCUUGUGGCAGUUGAUGAGGUUUAAUAUGCUUCAGCUUUUGAAGAACUUGAGAUCGCGUUUCCGAGGGAAGGAGAUCACUGAUGUUGAUAUUCUCGUUUGGGCAAAUAAAAAAGUGAAAAACACCGGAAGAACAUCUAAAAUGGAGAGUUUUAAGGAUAAGAGCCUUUCAAGUGGAUUAUUCUUUCUCGAGCUUCUCAGUGCUGUGGAGCCAAGGGUUGUUAAUUGGAAUCUUGUCACCAAGGGUGAAAGUGAUGAACAAAAGAAGUUGAAUGCUACUUAUAUCAUCAGUGUCGCACGGAAACUUGGGUGUUCUAUCUUUCUGUUGCCUGAGGAUAUCAUGGAGGUUAACCAAAAGAUGAUCCUUACUCUCACUGCCAGCAUCAUGUACUGGAGCCUUCAGCAGACAUCAGACGAAGCAGAAUCUCCUGGUAGUACUGUUGCAUCUGAUGCAUCACCACCAAGAUCUACGAAUGGCUCUAUGUCCCCCUUGAUUGCUGCUUCUCCUGAUGCUUCCCCUGCACCCUCAAUUAGUGGAGAAGCAUCAUCGGCUACUCCUGAUGCAUCUCCAGCACCAUCUGUAAACGGAGAUGAUGAAACCCAACUUAUUGCUGACGUACCAAAGUUGGAGUUGCCUGCUGACGAUGCACCAGCUGAUACUGCUGAAGUGUCAAAGUUGAAGUGGGCUGCUGAAGAUGCAGCAUCUGAUACUGCUGAAGUGGCAAAGUCGAAGGUGGCUGCUGACAAUGCACCAUCUGAUACUACUGAAGUGGUAAAAUUGGAAUUGGCUGCUGAGGAUGCACCAUCUGAUACUGCUGACGUGUCAAAGUUGAAGCUGGCUGCUGACGAUGCACCAUCUGAUACUGCUGACGUGUCAAAGUCGAAGCUGGCUGCUGACGAUGCACCAUCUGAUACUGCUAAAGUGGCAAAGUCGAAGUUGGCUGCUGACGAUGCACCAUCUGAUACUACUGAAGUGUCAAAAUUGGAGUUGGCUGCUGACGAUGCACCAUCUGAUACGUUAGCAUCUUCAGUGCAGUUUGAAAAUGCAGAGAUACCAUCGGAUGUGCCCUUAUCCCCCCAACUUGAGGAUAUACAACAGAAUGGCCUCUCAAAUGAAGGUACAAAACCAGAUAAUGAACAAUAGUUGGAUGUUUUUUGUCUUUACAGCUACAAGGGAUGAAUAAUAAGCAAGGGGAGAAAGCAAGAACAUACGGAACAUAAACGAAGAGGAAAUGUGUUUUUAGAUGAAUGAUAGUGUAGUGCGAAAUUCGUUUAGAUACAAAUAUAGAUACAAGUACACAAUGUUAUCAACUCAGGACGAUAGUACACGCCUCUGAAAGCCUCAACUGUACUUUAUUCAAUUUUGUUUCCUAUUUUAUAUAGUUUUUUUCAAUUUGAAUGUAAGUAGAGUUUGGUUCAUUAGAUGUAUGAUUUAGUUUUUUGAAAUAUUCCCAAUGAUUCAUACACAUAACGCAGACUAUCCUGAA